AUGGACGACACCACCGUGGUCGACAAACGGCGGACGCCCCCGACGUACACAAACGACCGCCCCGUACGAGGACGACCGCCCACCAACGCGACCGCCCACCAACACAACCGCCCACCAACGCGACCGCCCACCAACAAAACCGCCCACCAACGCGACCGCCCACCAACGCGACCACCCACCAACGCGACCGCCCACCAACGACCACAACCGCCCACGAGACGACCGCCCGUGAACGAGGACUCAUGGACAAUGGCCAGCAUCCCCCCUCUAUCAUUCCCCUCCCUCUCCCUCUCCACACUCCCUCUCCCUCCACACUCCCUUCCCCCUCUCCACACUCCCUUCCCCCUCUCCACACUCCCUUCCCCCUUUCCACACUCCCUUCCCCCUCUCCACACUCCCUUCCCCCUCUCCACACCUCUCUCCACACUCCCUUCCCCCUCUCCACACUCCCUCUCCCUCUCCACACUCCCUUCCCCCUCCAUUACUCCCCUCCCCUCCCUUCUCACUCCCCACCACCCUCCCUUCAUCACUUUUCAUCACUCUUUCCCCCUCCCUUUAAAAUUAAAUUCAUUAACUUAUGGUUUAAAUGACAUGAAUCCCCAGGAAUCCCCAGGAAUCCUGGAUCCCAUUCAACCGAUUUGCGAGUCUCUUUGGGAAUAUCUCAAGGCUUCACCUGACUCGAGACAUUAUUGUUCCGAUGGUCUAAAUGCUCAUUUCUACCUUGCGGCUAGUUGUCUAGAAAUUACUGCACAACUCUCGGAAGGGGAUGAGGAGCCAUCCCGCUCUGAACGGAGUACAAAAUUAGGCUGGGUACAACGUGCAGAGGUGCAACAGUAUGCUUCCGUCCACUGGUUUGACCAUCUCCUCAAAUGCAUCAAAAUAAGUAAAUCAGGAUGGUUGGGAGAGAUCACGGGGUUAAUGCGCAAAAGCAAUGUCCUGGAGGAAAACAUUGAUAUCUUGCUUGACUCUUCAAAGUCUUCAUUUAUCCUUUGGGCUAAUAUUUUAAUCUUCAAGGUUGACAACACAAAGACAAUACUAGAAGAUAUGGAGCAGCUAAAUAUGAGCAUGGAGACCUUGACAAAUUUUCCCCAACAGGAAGAUAUUGUGUGGAAUGUCGCAAACUUUUCGAAAACAUCACAUGCUGUCGGUAUCUUCUCUGCAACAUUUGACUCAUCAAUUCUCAUAUUGAACUAUGAUUCAUCAGGGUGUAAUACUGAUUGGGUUUUCCAUCUCAAUUAUACUGCCAGGGGGCUUAUGCAAGUUAUUUUACUUGACAUUGAUAUAUCUGCCCUCUUAUGCUGCAGCACACUCCAGGGUGUUGGUACCAGUUCUCCAAAACCUGAUCAUCUAAUCCAGGAGAUUGGAGAUUGGGUUGGUAUCCAAACCUACUCAACCAUAUUUUCAAUUUAUUUCUUCCUAUUGUAG